AUGUUUGUUUGGUGGCUUAUUGGAUCAAUUGGAUAUUUAUAUAUCGGUAUUAUUUUUUGUCAAGAUAAUAGUCAUGUUUUAGCUGACAUGGAACCACAGUCAGACGUGGUACAAGUCCAGCUCUCUGUUAAUGGUAAUCCUCCACAACAAGUUAUUAAUGAAACAAAUAAUAUAGCAGCCAAGGAUGGCAUAAACACGGAAACUAGCACAAUAACAACUGCGGCACCGGAGCCAUUUUCUUGUCAUGAAUGUACAGAUUGUCAUCUAAUAAAAUCUGAUAAUAUUACUACUCGUGUUUGUGAAACAGGCAUAAAUAUGUGCUAUAAAAUGUAUAAGCAGAUUAAUAAUGUUAGUCGAUUAGUCCAUCUUGGCUGUUCAACAUCAAAAGGACAAUGUACAGUACCCGAGGAUUAUCAGCCGAAGUCAUUCGAAAGUAUAACAUGUUGUACAAGUCAAAAAUGUAAUCAAGCAACUCAAGUUAAAAUAUCGUUCUUUCUUUCAUCAUUAAGUCUCUUUAGUCUUCUCGUUAUUAUCUAUAAUAAAUGA